AUGAGGAAUCUAAUACUGCUCGCCGCCGCGGCGGGUAGACUUGUACUGGGCCAAUUCCCGCCAGAGCCGGAAGGAGUCCAUCUGAUCCGAUCGCAAUUCCACAACAACGUGACUAUCAGUUACAAGCAGACUUCGAUAUGCGAGACGACACCUGGUGUGAGGUCCUACGCCGGAUACGUGCAUCUUCCUCCCGGAGCUCUAGCCGAUGCUGGAGAGAACACGACCUAUGAGAUCAACACAUUCUUCUGGUUCUUCGAAUCGCGCAAGGACCCUCUCAAUGCUCCACUGAGCUUGUGGAUGAAUGGCGGUCCAGGGAGCUCGAGCAUGAUGGGCCUGCUGGCUGAGAACGGGCCAUGCUAUGUCAACCCAGACUCCAACUCGACGACUCUCAAUCCGUGGUCGUGGAACAAUGAGGUCAACAUGUUGUUUCUCGACCAGCCCACCCAGGUUGGUCUUUCCUACGACACUUUGACCAACAUCACCAGCAAUCUGGUCUCGGGUCGUACUGCGGUUCUCAACGCCACAGAUCCGAUUCCAGAGCAGAAUGCGACUUUCCUGGUCGGCACAUAUGGCAGCCAAGAUGGCAAUCGAACCGCUUUGGGAUCAGUCAAUGCAGCCAUUGCUGCUUGGCAUUUUCUGCAGACCUGGUUUCAGGAAUUCCCCGGCCACCAUCCGAAUGACCACCAGAUCAGCUUGGCCACUGAAAGCUAUGGAGGCAGAUACGGUCCGGCUUUCUUCGCCUAUUUCCAAGAACAGAACGAACGCAUCUUGAAUGGCACAUGGAACGUCGAAGGAGAGCAGUACAUACUAGAUCUCGACACUCUUAUGCUGAUCAACUCCUGCAUCGAUCGAUUGGUGAUGUAUCCAAGUUACCCUCAUAUCGCCAUCAACAACACCUAUGGCAUCAAAGCGGUUAACGAGUCCGUAUACGAAGGAAUGAUGGACGCUCUGUAUCGGGAAGGAGGCUGCAACGACCGAAUAUACCAGUGCCGGAACUUGUCGCUCAUAUAUGAUCCUGAGAACAUCGGGAUCAACAGCACCGUCAAUCGGAUCUGCGCCGAUGCCGAGAACUUUUGCUACAGCGACGUGAGGGGGCCGUAUCUUGAGGUGUCGGGAAGAAAUUACUAUGACAUGGCCACACUCGAUCCAGAUCCCUUCGUGCCAAAUUUCUACAAGGGCUACUUGAACCAAGCAUGGGUGCAGCAGGACCUCGGCGUGCCUCUCAAUUGGUCGCAGUCGUCUUCGGCUUCGAGCAGGGCUUUUAGGACCGUUGGGGACUACGUGCGGCCUGGCUGGCUGGAAGACCUCAGCUACCUGCUCGAGAAUGGUAUCAAAGUCACGAUGGCGUACGGAGAUCGCGACUUCGCAUGCAAUUGGAUCGGCGGAGAAGAUGUGUCCCUCGCAAUAAACUACACUAACACGGCGGAAUUUCAUGCCGCCGGAUAUACCGCUAUACAGACCAAUGACUCCUACUCGGGUGGCCAGGUCCGCCAGUACGGUAACCUAUCAUUUUCGCGAGUCUACCAGGCAGGGCACGAAAUACCCUCCUACCAGCCUGAGACCUCAUACAGGAUAUUCAUGCGAGCUCUGAACAAUCUGGACAUUGCAACCGGUACUGUCAACGUAACUGCCAGCAACGGCUCGGUCUAUAGCUCCGUCGGGACCGACUCGACCUGGCACAUCAAGAACGAGUUGCCGCCACAGCCACUGCAGUUCUGUUACCUUCUCGAUACGUCUACUUGCACGGACGAUCAAAUCGACUCCGUCAUGAACGGCACAGCAAUGGUUCGGGAUUACAUCCUCAAGGACAAGAACUCAACACAACUCUUUCCGUGGCUCUUCUCUUCCUGCGAAGUGGGCAGUUUGAUCGAAAACGGGGGCAGCGAACCAAGUCAAAUUGUCGAGCUCUGUAACGAGCGCAGGUGA